AUGAAUCAUCAGCAGGAAAAACUGGUGUUACGGGGGGAAACUGUCGCGUUGAGAGAGGCUGGCCAUACGAUUGCAGGCAUAGCAAGAGAGCUAGGAAUAUCGAAACCAACACUGCAACGUUGGUGGCAGAGAUGGGAGGAAAGUGGAAACCUCCUAAACCGACCUAAGUCUGGCGGACCAAGAAAGACUACCGCAGCGGACGAUCAAAGAAUUGUGGAUGCAGCGACACAGUCUCCACUGACAAAUGUAGUCACCAUUAGGGAACAGCUUCAACUUGACAUUUCUGCAGAAACUGUGAGAAGGCGGUUACACGAGGUCAGAAUACAUCAUAGGACUCCGGCAAUUAAGGAAAAGCUAGAUAGCCAUCCUACUGCCAGACUCCAGUUUGCCUAG